AUGGAGCCCGUCGACCUCGUUCCGUCAGGCUACAGAUUCGUUCCCACGGCGGAUGAACUCGUGGUCGACUACCUCGCCAACUGGGUCGCCGGCAAACCACUCCCUGGCCGCGCUGUCGCCUUCGCCGACGUCUACGGCACCGAGCCGUGGAAUCUUCUCGGCAGCGAUCGGAUGGAGGGCUAUUUCUUUGCGGACCGCCAGCCCAAGGCCAGCGGCGGCUCGCGCGUGGAACGAACGGCCGGCACCGGUUCUUGGCUUCUGAACAGAAGGCAAGAACCCGUCAAGUCCAUCGUCGACGGGCGCGAGAUGGUGGUGGGAAGAAGAAGCUACCUUUCCUUCAAGGACGGCCGGCGGAAGAACUCCGGGUGGGUAAUGUAUGAAUACGAGAUGUGUUCAUCCACCUUCGAGACACGAGUUCUCUGUCACGUGAAGAAGAGCUCGUAUCAACCCAUCUCCGACGGCAAGUUCAUGAAAACGGUUGAGUCCACGUUCACGGAGGCCGCGACGGAGACGCUCACCGGCGGCAGCAGUUUCGUUGGGCAGAAGAGAAAUAGAGAGGAAUCUUCUAUACUCUCAUCAGCAGCACCCAAGAAGCCAUGCCGGGGGUUGGUUGCACAUUCCAACGGAGCAUUCCAGUCCGACGUCUCACCACCUCCAACCGCGGUGUUGCAACAGCUCUUAUUGGCUCCCGUCGUGACAAUCCCGGAGAGUCGUCUUUCCUCCAUCGACUCCGUGGCACCGAACGAAGCCGGAGUCCCAGCCGCCUCCCCAUCUUCAACGGACGUUGGUGGAGGUGACCUCGGGAUAACUGCGGAAGAACUCGAAGCAUUUGACCUCGGGAUAACUGCGGAGGAGAUCGAAGCAUUCUUGGCUUCGUCUUCGUCGUCGGUCGAUCUUGGCGGUGAGCAGCACUGCACCGACGAUGCUUUCUUUACCAGAGAGGUUGAUGCUCUCUUGAUGUCCGAUGCCACCGACACAGCCUCGACUACCAUCCCCAAGGCCUCGCCGUCAGGCCCCUUCUUCACGAGCCUGGAAGAGGUCCAUGCCUUCUUGAUGUCCGAUGACACUUUCAUUGCCUCGACUACGAUCCCAGGGGCCUCGCUAUCAUCCGAGUUGCAAGCCUGCUUGAUGUCUGAUUCGACCACGGUCGAAAAGGCUUCGACGUCAUCGUCGAACGACUCUGUUGGGUGUGCGCAGACGGAGAACAUAGACGACGACGACGGCUUGCUGCAAGAGAUUGAAGCCCUCAUGAAGUUCGAUGACACCCCAAUGGAUUCGACUAUGAUCCCGUGGUUGGAGCAGUAG